CUCCCUCCAAAACAGGCUAAUUUGAAGACCGAAAAUGCUGCACGUAAGAAGGAGAUUUCUAGUAGAAGGAAAUUGGAACGUUCGACGACUGCAGAGCAAACGCGCCUGGCUGAAAUCCAGUUACACAAUUCCAUAAUUGAUGCGAAUCGGAGUGCGGACAAACUGGAACGAUGUGUGGUCGAAUUUGAAGCACGCCGGCUGAAGGGGCUCAAGAAUAUUUUAAAAGACUUCAUUCAGAUCGAGAUGCUAUGGCACGCAAAAGCUCUGGAAACUCUUAGUGAGGCAUUCAACGUGUUACAAAACUUACAGGAAGAAUCAGACCUCAUGGACUUUCGUGCUACUCUCAUGCGGUCCACUUCAAGUGUGUUCUCUCAAGCAAUCAGUAGACAGACUUUGGUACCCAACCAGAAUCAAGCUCGUGGAGAUCAUCCAGCUCCAGUAGCCUCUCAGUUUAACGGAGAACGAUCCAUCCAACGUGGUUCCGGAGACAAAGCCAGAGGACAUCACACUACUGAGGAUGAUGCAAGUUUGUUCAGUGAAGAUGAAGAAGAGGAGGAGGAAUUAGAAACUGCGACUGAUGAAGAAGAGGAAGAUGAAGAGGAGGAAGAUGCUGAGGACGAAGAACCCACAAACCAAGUUAGUCAUUCAAGCAGGCCACCAACUGAAGUGCUUGAUGACCUAGAGGAUGAGGAAACAGAGGACGCAAGUGAAACGACGCAACCGCCUCCGGCUAGUUCCGCAAGACAUGCCAGCGGACACGGAAACAAACAGUUGAAAACUACAGCUCCUUCACCCCUCAAAUCUGCCUUAAAAUCAAGCCAGAGUAAGCAGGCAGUCUGCGGAUGACGUCUCUUGAUAAAAUGCGACACCCCGAAUCAAGUUCUUUGUAUUGUGUCCUCAUGGAGCCAAACGUUUUUCUCAGAGCCAUAUACGCACACGGGUUGACUGAACCCAAAAUCAUUCUGAUGAAUUUCAGCCAAUUCGCCAUGCACACAUCAUCUGACUGCCCAAGCUUACGUUUAAAUCACUUAUAUUGUGAUAACCUGAAACAUGAACAAAAUAUGCGAACAUCUGACCAAACCCAUAUUUGCGAUAUACUGCUCUUGUCAUCAACGCCUACUUUCAGUCGGUUUAUGUAAAUACAGACUUGUACACUAAAUGACUGUCGCAUACCCAGUUUAUCUAUUCCAUACCGAUAACCUCUUUAGAAGUAGAAAAGUGGCUAAA